CAUAUUUCACGCUUGCUCAUGUUUGCACUAAUUAUCAUACAGCAUGCAACUUAGAGAGUUCCAGCAUAUUUUCCGCUUUUACUUUCACGAAGAUUGUGUGCCAAAGAAAUAAGAUUUUUUUAAAGAUCUUUUUAAAUUCAGAACUUGGAGAACAUAUAUAUGUAUAUUUUAAGAUUAAGAAGAAAGCAGAUUUAUUUUCGUUUGCACGAUUAUGGAAAUUUGAGGAAAAAGCUAUCUUCUUUUCCAGUUUUUUAUGUAUUAUAUAAAAAAAGAGACUGUGAAAUUGUUUUCACAGUUAAUUUAAUGUAUAUUUUACCGUUAUCUUCACGAGAUUAACGCAACGAUUGUGAAGCAAUAUUUUUUUACCCAUAGAAAUUUUAAUGCAAUCGCAAAUUCAAACUUUCCGAUUGUAUCGGAUUUAUUUAUACAGAUUCGGCUAUAUAUAAUAUAUAAUAUAUUCUCAAUGGAUAAUGCGAUAUUGCACAAUGAGAUUCUAAAGUGAACAUAAUUUAUCAUAUGUCUAUGCGAGAGGUCGCAGGCUCGUUUCACUGUCAGUGAUGUGAACCUCGUUGAUAGCCGCACACACGUGGCACACAACGGACGCGAUCCGCGCAUGCACGCAAUCGCGUGCGUGAAUGUCGUUGAACAUCCGUUUGCUCUAUUGCACGUGAACUUUCUGUAUAGUGGUAUAUAUGCAUAUGUAUAUAUAUCGACGGUGAAAUGGCCAACGGGAAGAAAGCGUAGCAGGAAACCAAUGAUAUGUUGUUACGUUGGUCGACUUUACUAGUAGGACAACAUAAGUGAUCCUGAAAUUAACUUUCUACAAUGAAUAUCAGUGCGCCGCCGACGAUCAAGAUGUCUAAUAUCUACAACAACUCAGCAGUGCGAUUCUGGCAUUUUCUAUUCUACGAUUUAUCCGAUCCUCGAACUAGAGACUGGUUUCUCAUACCGUCACCCAUACCCGGCCUUAGUAUCAUAAUUGGCUAUCUAUAUUUUGUGUUAUCAUGGGGUCCGAGAUACAUGAAGCAUCGGAAGCCGUACCAAUUGAAAAAUAUCCUAGUCAUUUACAAUUUUCUGCAGAUUAUUAUCAGCACGUGGUUGUUUUGGGAAGGCUUGACCGGUGCAUGGCUCAACGGCUCCUACAACUGGAGAUGUGAGCCCGUGGACUUUUCGUAUUCCCCGAAGGCUCUGAGAAUUGCAAGAGGUGUUUACAUGUAUUUUCUGGCGAAACUCACGGAGCUCCUUGACACAGUGUUCUUUGUGUUGCGCAAGAAAGAAAAGCAAAUUACGUUUCUUCAUAUGUACCAUCAUACCGUGAUGCCAAUGAUAUCGUGGGGCGCUACGAAAUAUUAUCCCGGAGGCCACGGUAUUUUUAUAGGAAUCAUUAAUAGCUUUGUGCACAUCAUCAUGUACACUUAUUAUCUAUUGGCAGCGUUGCUACCUCAUUACCAGUAUCAACGGUAUCUUUGGUGGAAGAAGUACAUUACCACUUUGCAAAUGACUCAAUUCUGCCUGGCCUUCCUGCACAACUGCCAAUUAUUAUUCUACGACUGCGACUAUCCGAAAAUUUCGUUAGUCUUUGUUCUGCCAAACGCGGUGUUCUUCUACUUCCUGUUCUCGGAUUUUUACAAUAACGCUUAUACCCCGAAGAAGGAAAACGACGACUCAACGCCGUCGAUCCAGAACUCGGACAGAGCGAACGGCAUCGCGGAGAAAGUGAGCAACGACCAGAUACCAAACGGAAAAGGGAAAAGCGACUAAUUGGAAACAGCUAAGAAUAUGACGCGACCGCAAUGAUACGCGACGCCACUAUCAUUCCGCUCUUUCACUUGAAGAAUCGCAACUGCAGUCUCUAUCCCGUUAAUUUUGCCGACGUGUCAGAACUGUAAAUAAUAUUCAGGGAGAGUCAAACGCGCACAAUGCAAAAGUAAAUCGUAACGACCGAGAAGAUGACCAGACAUUGGCGCAGAUCGAGUACAUUUAAUUAUUCAGAGAUCGAAUUUUUUUAGUCUUUUUUUACACAAACUAAAACGAUCCAUCUAUUGCGCAUCUUUUAUCCUGUAUUUUUUUAUCUUUAGUGCAUUCUUAUAUUAUAAUGAAAUUUUGACAACUAAGUCAAACUUCUGUGCAUAAUUAGCAUGUAGGAUAUCUCAACUAUCACAUAGUAAAAGAUGAAUAUCAUAAAAUUCUCUGUUACGCGAAGCUCAUAAUUUCAGCAGAAUUUACAAUAUGUAUUAUGUCAUUCUAAGAAAAGCAAUAUUGCUUUUAUACAGGAACAGUUAGAGAUCAAACAUUCCAUAGAUCUCAAACAAUCGAUAAAACAUCACAUAAUAUAUGCCGAAAAAAUAUACUCACAUAUAUUUAAAGCUUUACUAUUGUCGUAAUCCUCGCUUCCGAAUGGUCGGUUUACUAACUUCAUGCCCAGCAUGAAUUCAUUGACAUAACGCUUAUAAGAUUAUGCAGAUUAAGAGCGCUAUUCUAUAAACGGUUACCAUUAGCUGUAAGUUUUGUAAAUCGUUGCGCAUGUUUUUUGACAUAUCAAAAUACGUGCGCAACGACAUUUACAGAACUUACAGCUAUCGGUAGCCAUGUACAGAAUAGCGCCCUUAGUCAUAAUCGUGUAAUUGCAAAUUGAAUUGUGUGUGUGUUUUGGAUCGUAAGGAGGAUACGAACAGAAACGCAGGAAUACGGAUCACACUGUGAUGGCAAGCUAAUACUUUUGUACUUUCAAAUUCGCAGCGUAUCUUGCGACAUAAACAAUGCAUCUAAUAUGACUAAACACUCGACUAGAGCCAAUCACGAUACUAAGAUAUAGUACUAAUGAAUAUCGCGUGCCCUAGGUAUACAAUUUUAGAUAGUUAUUUAAUGAAUAAAAAUUAUACCAAUCGUUUACGGGUGCUAAUGAAAAUUUUAGAAAGAUAUUCAAAAGAGCGUAUCCAAAGAUUUAUCAGAAUAUAGAAAUCAUAUCGAUAGAGUUAAUCAUACCGAUAUAUAUGGACAAAAUAUAGACAACAAUUUAAUUAAAACAUGCCAAUCAAAAGCAUUUUUAAGAGAUUCAAUAAUAUUAUUUUUGUUGUUGCAUGUAUGAUAUACGAUACAUUGCAAUGAUAAAUGCAGAGAGAGUGUAGUGUAUAAAGAUAUAUACUAUAUAUAUAUAUAAUCAAUUUUAAGCUAUUUAAAUUACAGAUUUUACGUUUGUUGAAUACUGCCAAAUUUAUCUUGAAUUAAUCACACAAAUUUUAAGAAGCAAGAAAUUUUUAAAUUAAACCUUUUAUUGAGUUUCUUCAUUAACAGAAAUUGGUUGAAAAAAGAACUUAUUGUUAGAAUCCUGUUGAUAAUAUCUUCACUAGGAAUGAUUAUCAUAGAUGUUCGUACACACACAUACACACACACAAACAACAUUUUUAAAUAAUGAUUUUCGAAGUUACGCGUUAAAUGUGUUCGGAACAAGUCAAUAAUCAAAUAUAUAUCAAAUGAUUGUAGACAUUAUUAGGAACAAAAGGUAUACAAAUAAUUAAUACAUGACAUAAUUGUCAUUUUUUGAAUAGAAUAAUACGCGGUAAUGUAGGUACAAUAUUAAAAAUGAUUAUAAACUUUAAUUGUCAAUUAAACGAACGAAGUUACGAAAAAAGGACUUUUAAAGUAUUGCUCUUUUGGUUACAUUCUUUGAAUGAAAUCGUACGUAACAUCUAGUUAUAUUGCAACAAUUAGAUAAUAUCCAGAAAAUAAUAUUUCCUUAUUAGUUGUUUAACGGAGUAUUCAAUUGAAUUUGUUUUUGUGACUUGACUUUUCUUAGUUCAACUAACAUGUGUUCUUUUUUUCUGUCUGUGGCUGGAAAUUUUUUUCAAAUUUUGGUUAUUAUAUUCUCUUUUUUAAAUGAAAAAUUGAUUAUUUUAAAAAUAUAUUCUUCAAAAUUAUUUGUUUAAAAUUUUAAACUAAUAUAUGCUCUUAUUACUUAUAAAUAUUUAAUAAACUUAUUAUUUUUAUAUUAAAUUAAAUAUUUAUCAAAAAAGUUUCUUUUAUAUUGUUUGAAUCAUCUUGAUGCGCAAAUGCGUAUUUGUGGGCGCUGCGACUAUUCUAUUAGUUAUUGUCUAUUUGUUCAUUAAUCUUAUUCUUAAUCUUUAGAGAAAAAAAACUUGUAGAAAAGAUAAUUUCAGAUACGCGUCGGGAAAAAACGUUGAUAGUUAAAAUAAUGAGUCCAAAGAAAAUGGCUUUAAGCUUGUUUGCUAAUCGCUAUGAGUAUCCCGUGGUAAAUGCCACGACUCCCUCUUCGCCUUCUUUUGUCUAAUUUUACAUAUUGAUAAUGCUUUCGUAUCCAGAGAUACGGAUAAUAAAAUAUACGUAGAUUUUAAGGUUUAUUGGAGCAUGUCUUAUUUUUUGGAAAUACUAAAAUGGGGCUUCUAAUGUAAAUAAUUAUUACCUAUCCAUAAUUACAAUUAUUAUAUCUCUUCUAGUUUAAACAGUCUCUCUUCCAAGUGAUCUAUUUUCGAAAAGUCGCAAUUUCAGAAUUGUCGAUCGAUUGCUCAAAAACUUCGAUCAAAAUCUCGCGAUCUCGAACGAAUGGAUGGGUUAUUAUAUCGACCGCAUUUUUGUAUCAUAUAAUGUACGUAUAAUUUUUGUUAUAGAAUAAAAGUGUAUAUCACUAAUAUCACGA